CAAUGCCAUCGUGAGUUCUAGAUGGAUCAAGGAAACCAUAAAUCAUCUCAAUGACCCGCCUGAUUCGUAAAGAAAAUGAGGGUUUGUUUUUGGUGUUGUAAGACCCGAAGACGAGCCAAAAGGAAGAAAGGCUCUUUCGAUUUCAAAGAAACAAAGGAAGAAUCCUUCCCCGGAUUUUCUUUAGGAAAUGAUAGUUUUAGAAGAAGGUACAUUACGGAUGAGAUAGAAAAGUACGGAAAAGAGAACAUUUCUUCACAAUUUUUCACAUACGAGGAGUUGUCCGUGGCAACCAACAACUUCAACUACAACUCGUUGAUUGGAGAAGGAGGUUUCGGAAGGGUCUACAAAGGCCACAUUGCCAAAGAACAUAGUGAUGUUGCUGUAAAAAAACUAGAUAGAAAUGGAUAUCAAGGCAACAGUGAGUUUUUGGUGGAGGUUCUGUUGUUGAGUCUUCUCGGCCACUCGAAUCUCGUUAACUUGCUUGGAUAUUGUUGUGAUGGCGACCAACGGAUUUUAGUUUACAAAUUUAUGCCCAAUGGUUCCCUUGAAGAUCAUCUCUUUAAUUGGGGAGCCGGAGAGCAAAAGCCUCUAGAAUGGGACAUAAGAAUCAAAAUUGCAACGGGGGCAGCAAAAGGGCUUGAAUACUUGCACGAUAAGGCAGACCCACCGGUGAUCUAUCGUGAUUUAAAAGCAUCAAACAUAUUACUAGACGAAGAAUGGAACCCAAAGCUUUCCGAUUUUGGGCUAGCUAAGCUGGCUCCAACCAGCAACCAAACUCAUAUCACGACUAAGGUGAUGGGUACUUAUGGGUAUUGCGCACCUGAGUAUGCAUUGACCGGUCGGUUGACUAGAAAAGCUGAUGUCUAUAGCUUUGGAGUUGUGUUCUUGGAAAUAAUCACAGGAAAGCGAGUCAUUGAUGGUUCAAGGCCAAGUGAAGAACAAAACUUAAUCGCUUGGGCAGGACCAUUGUUCAAAGAUCGAAAAAAGUUCCAUUUUAUGGUGGAUCCAUUGCUAGAAGGGAGAUAUCCGACAAAGGGGCUCUACCAAGCUUUAGCCAUUACGGCAAUGUGUCUUCAAGAAGAUGCGGCAAAACGACCUACCAUAAGUGAAGUUGUCAAGGCUCUUGAGUAUUUGACUUCAGGAGAGAACGAAGAACAACCAACGGAGGAAGAUCAAGAUCGUAAUGGUAGUUCCAAGAGACAUUGAAGGACAUCGUGUAGGCAAAAACCUGUAGAACCAUGUAAAUUCAAACCCAUUUUUCGUUACAAUUUUAGAUGUCAAAUUUUGUAAAUUUGUUAUAAAGAUUUUGUGUCGAGAUUUUUGUAUUGUCUUGUGACUCGAACAUACAACCUUUUGGAUGUAAAUUGCAAUAUAUGGUGGUAGAACUUGUUUACCAUAGUCAUUUAUGAA